AUGGCACGUCAGCGCCACCCCCAUGAGGAACUGUGGGUAGAAGUGGCCAUCAGGAAGCUCAAGACUGACGCCCGCCGCCACAAGAAUCGCAAGCCGCGCCUCAAGCCCAAUGCCCACAGCGCGUUCGACGGCUUCAAGUCGUACAUGGAGGUGUUUGGCUACCUCCUUCACUUCAGUGUAAGAAACCAUGAGACGAACAAACACGUAAGGCAUGCAUGGGGCACACAGCAAGUGAUCCAAUGGAUGCGUUCAUCAUCUUGCUGCAUUGUGGCAUGUGUCAACAGGUGACGAUUUUGCUCCAGUGUGUAAUUCCCCGCACCCUCCGCUACCUAGAAAUGACUAAUGGGCAGUGUCGGAUGAAUAGAUUCUGGAACAUUCUGUGGCUGUACAUAGACAUCCUCAUCAUAAUCUGGCAGUUGUGCCCCAAGUAAGGCGAUAGGGAACACGCCUAGAGGGAUGGAUGGAUGGGUGGAUGGAUGGAUGGGUACAUAAUGGAUGCAUCCUAGCCAUGGUGACACAUGUGACGUAUGUACUGCGGUUCUCUUGUGUGCUUGUCAGGUUCCGGUGGUGCAUCAUCAUCUGGUGCCGUGUCGUCGUGGUGCCCAUCUGCCAGCUGAUCAGGGCGACCGGCCGUCAGCCUCGUAUCGUUGACGGCCGUGUCAACCUGUAUCAGCAGCACGGCAGAUGGUACAUCGAGAUGGAGUCCGGCGCCCCCUUCCUCAUCCCUGAGCGCUUCGGCACUGCGGCCGAGAUCCACGAGCUGGAUCAGGAUGGGGAGGAGGCGCUGCGCGGCUCCGAUCGAGGUGACCGCGACGACACGGACGCUGCUGCUGCUGAGGAGGCCGGUUGGGUGGAGUGGGUCGACAGCGCCAAGGCCGCCAUCAUGCGCAGCCAUGUCAACAAGGCCACCUACCGCCCCUUCCUGCUCAACUUCCUGGAUAGCUAUGACGAGCUGCACCCGUAAGCAAGAGACACGACAGGAGACACACGACGUUCUCUUUCCACCAUUGAUCCAUUCAUGUGUCUUGUGCUGGUCUGUAUUUCAGGUUCCAGUGGUCGGAGGAGGUCCAGGCCGAGUCGUACCUCAUCACUGAUCCUGACGAGUGUCUCGGCUUGCUGCCGGCGCUCUUCGGGAUCAGUGAUGACAGCGGCUCCGUGCCGGCUGGCUGGGACCUCUCGGCUGAGAACCUCCAGGCCAUCAUGGGCGAGUGGGAGCAGGAGAACCCCCUGCCCGACGAUGACGAGGAUGACGACGAGUGGGUGGAUGAGCACGAGGAGGCCCGCGCCAUCGAGAGGCGCAUCCGCCACGCCAUGCGGCACAACCGCAACACCCACACGCGCGGCCACCUCCGACUCUCCGACACCACUCGUCGCAUCCAGCAGGGCGCCCCUCGCAGCCGCUCCUCGUCAAGCCGCAGCGGCCGCAGCAGCCUCCAGAGCCGCAUCAGCCGGGCGGGCAACAGCCACCGGAGUCGGUGA